AUGUCACGAUCGGGUAACAGAGGUUCCGCUCUCCAGCAGCAGGCGAAGACAGAAUUUAUUGUGCGCCUCGAGGUGCAGCGAAGGCAUGCAAAAGGGUCUCUGCGCGUCAUCGACACAAUGAUACGCGAAGUGGAUGACCAGCUUCUGUAUGUGGCACAGUUCAAGAAGGAGUGGCUGCAGCAUCGCAAGGAGCUGGAGGCGGCUCGGCAAGACAUCAUGACAGAGGAGAGUAUGAAGCGUGUGCAAAAGGAAGAAGGGUGCCUGCACACCCUUGAAAUGCUCGCUAGUGGGAAGAUGCCACGAACGAAGGUAGAGCGGAGUACGAGCAAAGAGACUAUGAAUGCUAUGUGA